CGGAGCGUGAGUAAUCUCCUCCAUCGCUCCAUGUGACGGAGCGCCGAGCGCAGUUUUCUUCCGGGGUGGAAGUUGUGGGCGGCGGUGUCGCUGUUCGGCCGCGGCAGCCGCCAAAUUCAAAACACUGACCGUGGGCGUUCGUCUCACCCGAGCAAUCCGCAUAAUCGAGGAAAACAACGCGUGAAACAUGGAGGGAGCGUCUAAAAGAGGUGUUUUGAGCCACCUGAGUCAGCUGGAGGUGCAGACGAGGAGCCGGAGGAACCAGCCGCAGCAGCACUACCGAGUGAAGGAGCUAAAGGCUAAAGUAGAGGCGCUGAUGCUGCAGAGGGACCAGCUGAAGGCUGAGAUACACGUCCUGAAGAGCCUUCACAGACUGAGGUCGUCUCUAGACGAGCAGCAGGACGGCGAAGAAGAGGAGGCCAUGAACGUGGAAUCAGAAAACUCCGAUCUUCUGCGGCUGAUGGGCAAACACAUACAGCUGCAAGACCUUCUACACGCUCAUCACCUCAUCGGUGGAUACGACAUUGUGAAGACCAGGCGAGGCAGAGGCGCGUGUUUAUCUCUGCAGACGGCCUACGAAGGCGUCAGCCUGGACACCUACAACCUGGAGAUCGACCUGAAGCCAGCAGUGAGGAUCAGCCAGCACAACAUCCCCCCGUUCUUCCCCCUGAGCAGCCUGGCCGAGCAGAGCAACAUGCAGACGGACCUCCGGGGCUUCCUGGACGCCCUCAGUCGGCAUCUCAACGCCUUCGCCGGCCGCAAGCAGCAGCUGAAGCUCGUCAAGGAGCAGCACGAGAGCGUUGAAGUGCUGGAGAGCAACGUGUUGAUUUCCCGGCUGGUGCUGAUGCUGACGGUGCCGAGGGAGAGGCAGGCCAUGCUCUGCGUGCUGGAAUACACAGACCGCACCAAAUGUCUGCCCACACGGGUCCACUUCGAGUCCAACGAUGAGCAGCUCCCCGACGCCCCCCCCUGGAAUACAAACUGCACUUUACUUCUGGAGACUCCUCUGCACAAAGCUCUGACCACAAUGAAGAAAAGCAGCUGUAUUGUUUGAUUUCUUCAGUCUCGUGCGAAGAGCGAACAUCUUUUUAGCGAUCUGUUAUAUUAAUACACCCUGACGAUCCAGAACAUUGUGACUGAAUGCUGUGUAGGUCUUCCUUUUGCUCCUCUGGAGCUUCAGUGCAGUGGUCAUAAUGUUCUGGCCGAUCAGUGUACAUACUUGUUGUGUUGUGAUGAAACACUGUCUUUCUUUUUUUGUGUUGAUUGAAGAAUAAAGAGAACAAACUUCCCCCUCUA